AAGAGAUGCAUUAUGGGAACUUGAAAUAUGGCGGCCCCCACUAAAAAGAAGUCUGUCCUUUUCAUAUGCUUAGGUAAUAUAUGCCGGUCAACAAUGGCAGAAGGAAUAUUUCAACAUCUGGUCAAGACUAACGGACUUGGUGAUAAGUGGCAGAUAGAUAGCGCUGCUCUUGGAGACUGGCAUAAUGGCGUUCCCCCUGAUGAUCGCACAAUGAGGACACUGAAGAAGAAUGGGAUCAAAGACUACAAGCAUCUAGGUAGACAGAUUACAAAAUCUGACUUUCAUGACUUUGAUGUCAUAUUUGGAAUGGAUGAAGACAACAUGAGUGAACUGAAUGAAAUCAAGCCAAGGUCUUUUCGGUCCAAGUUGCUGCUACUGGGAGAGUGUGACCCUGAUGGGGAGCUGAUCAUAGAAGACCCGUACUAUGGCAACAACAUCAAGGACUUUGAGAAAGUGUAUGAGCAGUGCUACAGAGCUUGCAACAACUUUCUUCAGAAUUCAGAGAAAUUCAUCUCAUCCUGACCUCGACUUAAUGUGAAGCUGUGAAGAGUUACCUCCCCUACAUGCAGUGUGGCAUCCAAGUUUUUCUGAGUCAUGGACAAGGACCUGUGAAUCCAUCAUAUAUACAAUGAUAUACAGUUAUUGGCACAGCAUAAUCUGUGUAACAUACAAUAGAAAAUGUGUGUGUCUCACCUGUGUCUGUAUUGAUAAGCGGAGAAACAGAGACACAUCUGCUGUAACUUUGAGAUGUCAGUUUGUAACGGUGCUAUGUAGUGUUGUGUUUUUGUUCUGAAGAGAUCCAGACUGCUAGGGUGGCAGUGAUAGUAUAGUAGUGCUACAAGUGGAUGGUACCACUAGUCGGUAGUGGGUUCACAUCCCCGAUUCCUUCCAUCUGUUGAUGGGUUUUCUUUAGACAAGUCAACCUUUUCAACUGUCUUCACUUAGGUUUUUCCUCAUACAAAGCAACGGGCACACUGUGAUAUGACUCAAGUACAAAUCAGCAUUUCAGUCAACUCACAUGCUGUCAUGGUCGCUGAAGUAAUGGUCAGUGUAUCGUGAACAGUGUCUAGUUCUCAUUGAAAGUCCUGCCACGCUUACUUAUUUGACAGUAUUUUACAAUACCUGCUCCUGAUUAUUUUUAAUGAAUCUUUAAGCACUACAAGUUUUAUGUACUAACGGUAUUUUCAUACAGGUCAAAUGAAUGUUAUACAAAACAAAUAACUACCUUUGUCAUUGACUUGUAGUUUGUUGCUGUUGUCAAAAAUUGAAAUAAAUAAUGGGAAAUGUCCAUAAAUAAAAUCUGCAAUAUG